AUGAAGACGUCAUUAGCUUUAAUAGUAUGCAUUUGUUUGACAUACACUUGGGCUAUGCCUACACCGGAAGGGAAUGAAGAAGGGAAGUCAGUCGUUGUUGCGGAAGCUCUAGAACCACAAGAGACAAGAGGAUUCGGAAAAAGAUGGGGUAACUCUGGUUGGGGAGGACGAGGCUAUGGCGGUGGUUUUGGCGGUGGACACGGCGGUGGAUACGGCGGUGGACACGGCGGCGGAUACGGCGGUGGACACGGCGGCGGAUACGGAGGUGGACACGGUGGCGGAUACGGUGGCGGACACGGCGGCGGAUACGGCGGCGGAUACGGCGGUGGAUACGGCGGCGGAUUUGGCGGCGGAUUCGGCGGCGGAUAUGGCGGCGGAUACGGUGGCGGAUACGGCCAUGGUAGAUAA